UCUUGAUUCUCUCCAUCUCAACGUCCCCUCAACCUCUAAAUGUCUCCCCCUCUACGAACCCUUGGUCGAGAUGGCCCUCUAGUCUCCGCUAUCGGUCUUGGUUUUGGCAGUAUUGCCGGAUUCUACGGGCCAGCUGGUACGCUUGACAAAAGAAUGGCCCUCCUGGAGCACGCACAUGCCACCGGACUGCGCUUUUGGGAUAUGGCUGACAUAUAUGGGGAUAGCGAGGAUGUCGUGGGGGGAUGGAUCAAACGAUCUGGUAAACGCAAUGACGUCUUCCUGGCCACCAAAUUUGGGCUCCAGCGGCAGCCUGACGGAAAGCAUACCUUCCGGACCGAUCCCGAUUAUGUCAAGGCUGCUUGUGGAAAGAGUCUUGAGAGACUCGGCGUCGACACCAUUGACCUGUAUUACUGUCAUAGAGUGGAUGGAGUCACGCCUAUUGAAAAGACCGUUGAAGCGAUGGUGGAGCUGAAAGACCAAGGAAAAAUUCGCUAUCUCGGUCUAUCGGAUGUCUCAGCAGCCACGCUACGUCGGGCGCAUGCUGUCCAUCCUAUUACCGCUUUACAGGUGGAAUAUAGCCUGUUCACAUUGGACGUCGAGUCAUCGGCGUCGGAAACCCUAAGCACCUGCCGCGAGCUAGGCAUAGCGAUCGUGGCAUUUAGUCCAAUCGGACGUGGUAUCCUGACAGGCAAUUUCCAAUCUCGCGCAGAUAUCCCCGAGGGUGACCUGCGCCGUAUGUAUCCCAAGUACGCGGCAGUGAACUUUCCGGAAAUCCUGAAGCUGGUGCAGGCAUUGAAAGAUGUAGCCAAUGCACAUGGAACUACCCCAGCACAGGUUGCUCUUGCGUGGCUGCUAGCGAAUGGACCAGAUAUUAUUCCCAUUCCAGGUACCAAAUCGGCCGCUAGAAUGGAUGAGAAUGCGGCAUCUGCUCUGCUGCAGUUGAGUGAAGAAGAAGUGCAAGAGAUUAGGACUCUGGCGGAGAAAGUUGAGAUUGAAGGGACUCGGUACCCUGCCGCAGUGAUGGCCACUCUCUCUUCAGACACUCCUCCGCUGGAGGAUUGUUAGCCACACCUUACAACGCCUGCAGUAGAUAUAGCAGCACGUGAGGUCACGCCGAUAAAAUCCUCACCGCUCCCCAAUAGCUUUACGAAACCGUGGUCAGCCUCUGUAUAUGGUAGUACACCAUUCAAUGGAGACCUAGUCCCCUACUCUUGCUAUCUGCACUCCUGCUAUCUGCGGCUCUGUAGCACGCUAUUCCCCUACUACCU